AUGACCACCAGGGGGCACAACACUGUGGUUCCUCUCAAAGACGGUUUAAUCGCACCAGCUGGGACCAGAGGAAACACGAUCUUGGUUAUGAGGAGCAGUAUGAAGAACCGGAAGAUGACUGUGGUCAACCCCAUCCCUCUUGGCCUGAUGGACAGCUCCCAUCCCCAAUCUGUCCUCAGUCGUCUUAGCGAACAGCGUUCACAAGGUCUCUUUUGUGACGUAAUAAUUGUCGUGGAGGACGUCAAAUUUCGCGCUCACCGAAACAUACUGGCAGCCACAAGCGGAUACUUUCACAAUGCAUUCAAAACUCCUGACGUGUACACAUCCAGCCAGGUGCUGGAGCUAACAGAUUUGAAAUCUGAAGUCUUUGCGAACAUCCUAAACUUUAUCUACAAUGCCAAAGUGGAGUCGAGCAGUGCAGAGGACAGCAAGUCUCUGGUGGCAGCCGGCAAGCGGUUAGGAAUUCCUUUUCUGGAGAAACUGCUGGACUCUGAAAGGCAGAACUCAAGCCUGUUGCAAAGCCAAGCCUCUGCAAGUCAAGGAAGAGCAAACAGUCAAGCAAAGUUGGAAGACACUUGCAUACUGAAAAAAGAGACCCUCAAGCCAGAGGAGUCAGACUGCUCCAAAGUCCCGAGAAUCACCAAUGCUUUCUCCAUUACAGAGGUUGGAGCAGUGAACAACCCAUUCUCUGCACUCGACCAAAGCAACAAAGUUAUAGAGGCAUUAAAAGAAGGCCAUCCUUCAUCCAGCCCCCAAUCUACAAACAUACCACUUGUAGAGAGCGAACCUGCCCACGCCUUAUCUGAGCACUCGUAUGCAGUGAGCCAGGGGCAAGAAUCUAAUGAUAUCAAAGAGAUUAAUCAAGGGAAUGUUAAAAAAGCUACCGUGCCUACUGUGGUUCCAGCUAAGACUUCAGUUAACCAUAGACUUGGCCCCAUAAAGAAGCGGCAUAUACACGGUAAGGUCAUUCCACCCCUCUCAAAUGAUCCAGCGCCAACCAUGCCCAGCACCGGUGUCACAUCUGCGCUGGAAAAGGCUACUGUUGCCCCAGUAUCUUCCUCCCAGUUGUCCUCAGAUGCAGCACCAGAAUUACUAUCCAGCCUCAAUCUGUUACCACCACUUGACGUUACACCCCUUCAGGAUGCAGAGCCACCUCCCCUCAGUCCUCAGAAUACAACCAGUGUUCCGACCUUCUGCUGUCAGCAAUGCCCCGAGACCUUUAGCGACUCGGCGCUACUCACCAUCCACAUGCAAAUACACAAGAGAUUUGUCAGUCAUUUGUUUUGCAAGUACUGCCAUAAAAAGUUUAUGCACCUAAAAAGGUUACGCAAUCAUGAGCAGGUUUGUGUGAAGUCUCUAAAAGGUCCAUCUGAGUUAGAAACAAACAAUAAAGAGUCUUCAAGGGUCCACGUCUCCAACGAUACACAAAACACAAUUAACGCGCAACACUCUUUACCUCCACCAGAUCUCCACCUCCCUUUAAGUUUGGACCCCACGUUGACUAGUCCACUCGAAAUGCCUCAGGAUCAAGUUAACAGGACUGUAAACACUAAUAGUACUUCAAGAGUGUAUAAAUGUUCUGUAUGCAAACGUGCUUACGUGACCAUCUCCAGCCUAAAAAGACACGAGAAUGUACACUCGUGGCAUAGAGCUUACCCUUGCCAUUACUGCAGCAAAGUUUUUGCUCUGGCUGAGUACCGCACCAAACAUGAGAUCUGGCACACUGGGGACCGUCGGUACCAGUGCAUUUUCUGCUUGGAGACCUUCUUGACCUACUACAUCCUCAAGAAUCACCAGAAGUCUUUUCACGGCAUAGAUCCACGACUGGCUGUGAAUAAAAAAUCAGCAAAUGGUGGACUCAAGAGUAGUGUCUAUCCCAUAAAGCUCUACAGGCUUCUCCCAAUGACAUUCAGAAAGAAGCGUUAUAAGUCUUAUAGCCAAACAUACUCAGAAAGAAUCGAGAACCAUGAAGAUUCCUUCAGUGCACCGCUGGACAGCGGUUCCCCCCAAGCUCUUUUUGACAGUUCAGUGCCUGCUGUGAAUUCAGAAGUUGUCAGCGGUCAAUCAUUAUUCUCAAUGCCAGUGACAUUCAUGGCCACUCCCAAAAUGAUGGCAACAGAAAUGCCUCGUAUAAGUUUUGACAAACCAUGUGACCAAAGCAUAGAAUUUCCUAUGCCGUCUGAGAUAGAUAAAUCUCAAAAACAUAUCUCUACUGAUUUUCAGAAAAAGUCUACCGUACCAGGAUUUGAUGGCAAAGGAUCACCACUUUUCAGCUACAGAUUCACAGAUUCUUCAAAAGCAAUACAGAGAAACACAGGGUCCUCGCUUGUUACCCACGGAAAUGACACACCUUCAACGGAGAAAAACACAGAAAACGGCACAGAUAUUCUUCCAUUUCUAAACAUACCAUCAGUCUGCUCCUUCGAAGGGUUGAGCAGGCUGAGUGAACUAUCAGCAGCAGCACAAACCAUUGAGGACAUGGCCAAUCAGCUGCUUCAGGCGAGGCCUGAAAGUAUAACACAAGAUCCACCACCUAGUGGAAAGACGGAAACAUACAUUGCCAAGCCUGCAUGUCCCGGUCCAUCAGUUGACAACCAGGUCCUCCCCCUCUGCCAAAUAACAGUGAAGAUUGGCAAUGAGGCAAUUGUUCGACGUAAAAUUAAAGGUUCAAAGCUGUUUCCAAAGAAAAGGAAGAGGAAAAGCUGGAGGCAAGAGGGCACAAGUCAAAGUAGUCCUGCAGAGGACAGUAUUGGAAGCCCAGGUUUACGUCUUAGAGCGGAAGUCAAAACAUCGGUUGCAGAAAACGAAUCAUACGAUGACCCAAAUGACCCCGAAACUGACAAACUAUGGCGUCCCUAUUACACAUAUAAACCAAAAAAGAAAGGCAAGAAACUGCGAUGCAAACAGAAAAGGAUAAAAUCUGUGAGAUGCUAUACCAGGCCGCUGUCACCAAAAGCAAAUGAUGACUUGCGCAAGAUACAGUUUUCUCCAGAUGAGAACAUCUCAGCAGAGAACUAUGAGGUUAGAAGGGAGCAAAGACAUGGCAGCCAAAGGGAAGCUUUCCCGUGUCACAGCUGUGACAGCUCUUUCUCCAGCCAGACCUCCCUCAGCAUGCACAUCAUCAGCUGCCAUCAGCCAUGCUGCAGAAUAUGUGGUAAACAAUGCCCCCCUGAAGACACAUCUAGCACAGCUGGUCCCAACGCAGAGGGCUGCGGUGAAUUGAUCUGCAAAAGCUGCACAGAAGAUGGCUCCUGUUUUAACUACGAUGCAGCACCCCAUAGUCUGAGCACGGAAAAGCGCUACAGAUGUUCCUACUGCCCUCAACGGUUUCUUUACCUUGCCACCAAGAAAAGUCAUGAAAAGAAACACCUAGAGAAGUCAGGUAAAGGACACCAUUGCAGGUAUUGUUCAAAGGUUUGUAAAUCAGCACUGCUGUUGGAUGUGCAUGAGAGCAAGCACUUCAAGGCAAAAGAUGAAGAAGAUCCUGACAUGAAAUGUAAAAUGACCAGUUCAUUUCUUACAGGUAAAGAGCGCAAAAAGCAGAUCAAACUUGAGCCCUGGGAAAACAUGUAUACCGGCUCAGAAAUCAAGCCAAAUAAGCGGGAACCCAUGGACAGAGAAACCGAGGGAAAUGAUCCUCCACUAACCAAUAUUUACAAGAAAACAUCUUUUCCUUAUGCAGCAGACAAGUCUUUCUCUUCCAUUUCAGCAGAGAUAAAGAAAAGACCAUCCAAGAAGAAGAGCAUUUUGGAACGUUCUAAAGGAUUUGGAUUUGAGGGGCACAGAAGGGACUCUGUGGGGGCUGUGAUAUGGGGUCCACAGGAUUGAGUUCACAGCACAGGUACAACCAACUGAGAACUCUCUCCAAACUCUCAGUCAAGACUGCCUGUAAUCAAAGGAACCUCCCUACAGUUGCCUGUAAUCAAAGGAACCUCCCUACAGUUGCCUAAGUCAGAGCAAUGCAUCUGUGUAAAGAGGAACCACCCACAACAGGAAGGAAAUGCAUCCCCUCCUGAUGUCACGUAGUACACUGAAAUGAUGUAAAUAAGAGUGAUGUUUGAGAAAUGGAAAGAAUGCACAGAUGAAAUUAUUAGCAAAUUGACUUUAAAUUCGAGAGAACUUGUAAAAUGGAAAAAUAGAGUAUUUUUGUUCACUGACAUGAAGUACUAUUAGUAAUUUUCCAUGUUUUUCUAUGAGAAGAGAAGUGGUUUUAUUUUUAUACGUUUUUAUUUGUCUAAGUCAGGGGGACCUUCCCUAUGUCAUUGCUCAUUGUGUAUUCUAUGCAUCAAGUAAAAUGAACAGCUAGCGGCACCUUAAAGUAAAAAUAACUGAUAAAUGAUUGUACCUUUUUUGUAACACCAUCAUUAGCACCAUUUCAAUAUAUUCAUAUUAUUUGUUUCACAAACACAUAAAUUAACAACUCGUGCUGAAAAUGUUUUCCAGAAUGUACUUAUGUUUCAACCUUCAACAAUACAUUUUAAUAAAUGCAUUGAAACAAAAUAAAACACACAAGACAUAUGUUAGUACAAAUUUACAACAUGUUACAAUUGUUUUAAUGUUGUUAAAUGUACAAAAUGUCAUAAUUAUGAACUUUAGUCAAAGUAGAUGCAGUAAAUUCAGUAGGUUAUACAGUCUUCAAUCACAUUUGAGAUUUUUUGCGCCAAGGUACACUGUUGAAAUAAACGUUUUUGGCAGAUUUUUCAUGUAUCUUUUAAAAUAUAGUCAAAAAAACGUAAAAUUAUAGAAAAAGACCACAAAUUUACAAGAAAAAUGGGGAACAAAUUCAGUUUUCUUACGGGAUUUGUUUUUACAGUGUACAGAACAGUACAGCACAAUGAACAGACUGUACUUUGCUCACAGACUUGUUUUCAUUCGCAUCAAAUUAAAUAUGGCGAGCAACUACCAUGACUAAAGUCUAUUACAAUGUAGGCUGAUUUUCCUGCAACUAAUAAAAUAUCAAACCAAAAAGACAAUGCAAGUAGCCUACAUUACAUACAUUUAAAUUUGAAAUGACACAUCAUCAAGGAGAGCGAGAGAGAGAAUGAGUGAAACAGAGCUCAAGAGUUCCUUUUCCUCUUGAAACUGCUGACAUGCAAGUAGGGACUCUGUUUAUUCAUUCAGUCUGUCUCUCAGUGUCCUCGCUCUAUCUGUAUUUGGGCCUCAGUGCUGACCCAUCUGAGAAGCUCAUUCCCAUUUUUCUGUCAGCCAUCCACACAAUGCAGCCUUCAGAGUGUCCCAUCCAGGCCCACGUGACACCAGAGCCAGAUGACUUGAACUCUCCCCAUCAUCAACCCCACCCUCCUGACAUAUGCCCAGAUAUGGUAGCAGGUUUGUGCCCACAACAAAAAGCAGAUCAGUAUAUUAUUUUUUUCUUUUAAGAGUUUUCAUUCAUCCGCGUCAUUAUGAAAUCUGGUAACUCGUUCAUCGGUAACUGUACUUUGUUCUCCAUUCUUUCAACUACUUUACCAGACUCCACUAGCCUAUCAGAUAUUCAUCUGUUUUGCAUUUCUAAUCCAUUUUGCCAGUCUACUCAAAUAUAAUGUUUCCUGUCAUAAUUAGGGCUGUGUAUUGGCAAGUGCCUCCCAAUACGAUACAUAUCACGAUAGAUGGGUCACGAUAUAAUAUAUUGCUAUGUACAGUAUUUCGAUACGAUACACAUUGCGAUAUAUUGCAAUACUUUAAAUAGAAAAUGUAAAAAGUAGAGCUAGAAAUACAACAUGCUGUGCACCACCGGGGGUUUUCUGUAAGGAUAAGUGUAAAAACAUCCCUUACCUCUGCAGAGUGGCCAUGAUAUGUGAUGCAUGGACCUUUAGAUCAGAGGUUUGGGUUCUCAAACUGUGGAUUGCGCCCCUCAAGUGGGUAGCACAGGGGAAUAAGGUGGCUCACGCAAGUCACUUGGCUGUUGUGGUGCAUUACAGUUAAAACACUGAACAUGAGCAGUAUAAAACCCCUGGUUCCUCCGUUCUGUAAAUGUGCUGGUGUCACAUCCGUGAAAGCACAAUAAAUGUCAUUGUUACUUUUCUUAAUAAACUUUUUGUCUAAUGCACUGCAGUAGCCAAGUGACUUGUGUCAUGACUUGCGACGCCUACAAACAGCAUUAUUUUAUAUAACUCAUUACUCCAUUACUUAUUUUGAAAACCAAAGCAUACCCACACAUCAGCUCUGAGAGCUCGAAGCGUUCUUAUAUUUUUCGCCAUGUUCGCUUCCACU